UUCAAACAAAAAAAAAAUUGACUUCAUAUUAAUUUUAUAUUUGAUUUUAUUUUAUUUAAAAUAUACCCCCAUACACUGACAUUUCUGUUGUGACAAACGAUUCCUGGUAUUUGAAUUAUAUUAUACAAUUGUUUGAAAUAAAUAAAUUACAAUAUUAAUAAAAAAAAUUACUGGGCUAAUUUGUUUAGUUUUGUAGGUUACGUGUUUACGUGCUUGCAUGACUGCUGCUACAGAAAGUUACAUAGCUGUGUUGGCGUGCCGCGGAUGAUGUGAUGACUCAGAUAUACAUCCCGCAGUACCGCCUGGUCGAUGAGCCGCCCGGCAAGCCCCACUACGUGUACGUCAUCGAGGUCGUAGAGGCGGGACAGCUGCACAAGGUCGAGCGGAGGUACAGCGCGUUCCACUGUUUGCACAGAGAGCUGAGGAAGCACCUGGCGACGCCGCUGUUCCCGCCCAAGCGCGUGCGCAGCUGCCAGCGCAAGGUGCUGGAGCGACGCAGGCAGUGCCUGGAGCAGUACCUGCGCGCCGUGCUGCGCGCCGGCCCGGGCCGUGCCCAGGUGCUCGCCUUCCUGGGGCUCCCCCCGCCGGGCGACGAGACCGAGGAGUGUGCCAGCGACGUGCCUGUGGAGCCGGUCAUAGAACACCGGGGCGUCUACACGUACGAGAGCGACCCGUACUUGGAGAGCGAGGCGUGCUGCAGCCUGCCAGACGUGGUGGCACAGGGCGUGCUCUCCGGCCUCUACGACUCCUGGAAGUAACCUCAGUGAGAGAACUGCUCUGGCACCUUCCACCGACCUGCUGCAU